AAGAAAUAAAGAAAAUCAAAAGAAGCAAAAAAUGCCGCAUACUUGUGAAUCAAAAGCUAUCUCGAGAAGACGACAUGAGCUGUUUUUGGAAACUGGAAAAACUCCUAAUCGCGGAAAAAUAUUUAUUGAAACUCAUAAAAGAAGCAAUGGAUCGUUUGUAAAUGAUGCGGCAAGGACUAUAGGGGAACAAAUUGAAUUGAAUAUGACUCAAUGCGAUACUAAUGAGUGUGAAGUUUCACCAAAUGAUGUUAUUGGCACGAUGUUAGGGGCAGAGCACUCCAGGAGAGUACGAUGUAUGGGUAUGGGAGCUGCUCCUUCAAACACAUUCAGGAAUAGCAAAGGACGACUUAGUGAUCCGAGUGCUUCUUCAUCUAGCUACAGUGCAUCAUCUGCAACAUAUAACCAUUUUCAACAAAAGCUUAUGCGCGUGGAAUCCCAACUAGAAGACACCUUAAAUGUGCUGAAGGUUUACGUGAUGUCAAAGGAAGGUUCGGUUCCAGAAGAAUUUGCGGGUCUGUUUGCUCUUCAACCACAGCCUAAUGAUGCAGAGAAUGAACUUACUUCACCAGUUGAUGUAAGAGGAUCAUCGGCAGAUAACAACGCAAAUCACUAAUCAAAUGCUUAAUGCUUUCGUUGUGGACUACGUUUGCUUUCUAGGAAUUUAAAUUUAUAGUGGUUGUCUAGACUUGUGUUUAUAUUGCUUUAGUUAGUGCUUAAUGUUUUCGUUGUGGACUACUUUUGCUUUCUAGGAAUUUAAAUUUGUAAUGGUUGUCUAGACUUGUGUUCAUUUUACUUCAGCUAAUGCUUAAUGUUUUUGU